GAAUUGUAUACUGUGCGGUUGUACAACGUAGAAGUUUCAAAAUAUGUUAAUAUUUUUCUAAAUAAAUAAAUUUUAAAGACUUACUGAUUAUCUUUUAUUCAUUAUAGUCAUGAAAUAUGAUUUGUUCAGUGAAAAAUAUUGUUAUAUUCAUCACUUUUGUGGUCACAAUUGUGUCGGGAAGGAUACACAAAUUGUUACUCACGGAUGAUGAACGUCAUUAUGUGGAUCUCACCACAUUUGGGUUCCUCCGGGGCGGGGUUCUGGACGUGAAGGUGGUGAACUUCAUGCUGCCAGCAGGACCUGUUUAUGGUGAAUAUGGAUUCACUCUAGACCGUACAGUAAACGAUGCCAUCAGUCCGUAUUUAGAGGCACAUACAGACACUUGCUUCCUAAACGAGAUUGAGAAGACGGGAGUGUCUCCGCAGCACCCAGCAAUAAUUUUCUUGAGAAUGGACUUUGAGAGGAUGAGAUUGAACAUAACAUGCAAGGGCGAAGUGGCCGCACUACAUUUGUACCAGAAUCGGUCACUGAUUCCUACAGACAGAAACAAGAGACAAUCACAGUUCAUGUUCCUGAACAGGCAAAGAAGAGCUCUUACAGGUGACCACAACGAUAUUUUCAUAUCACAGUGUUCUCACGCUUACCUGCCAAUAACCAAGACGAUGCACAAUGGAUUCCAAUACUAUAACACUAGUUUUGCGAUGCAUGUAGCGUCCGCCAAAGAGGAGGGUCUCUACAGCCUCUAUUUCCACAAUUGUCCCCACGCGGCCAAAGGGACUGCCCCUGCGAUGAACAUGAUAGUGGAAAUAUACGAAAGCAAUACAAACAACAAUUACCUAUCAGCUGGAGAGAUGCCCCUCCCCACUCUAUACUCUAUGAUGUCAUUCAUCUUCUUCCUCUGCGCUGUAUUUUGGACGUAUCUUCUCAAAACAAGCAGACAUACAGUUUUCAGGAUACACAUAAUAAUGUGCAUACUUGUGUACCUUAAAGCGCUUUCCCUGGCCUUCCACGGGAUUAACUACCAUUUUAUACAAAUAAGAGGAGAACAUGUGACCGCUUGGGCUAUAUUGUAUUAUAUCACACAUUUAUUGAAAGGUGCCGUAUUGUUCGUGACGAUAGUGCUGGUGGGCACCGGGUGGAACUUCAUCAAGCACAUCUUAGCGGACCGAGACAAGAAGCUCUUCAUGAUCGUCAUUCCGCUACAAGUGGUGGCGAACGUAGCUGAGAUCAUAAUCGCCGAGAGCGAAGAAGGCGCCGCGGAACACAACGCGUGGCGCGACAUCUUCAUUCUGGUGGACCUGCUGUGUUGCGGGGCGAUCAUGUUCCCAGUCGUUUGGUCAAUACGCCACUUGCAAGACGCGUCGAGUACCGACGGCAAGGCGGCGAUCAACUUGCGCAAGCUGAAACUCUUCAGGCACUUCUAUUUGAUGGUGCUGUGCUAUAUCUACUUCACUAGGAUCAUAGUUUAUUUAUUAAAGACCACGGUGCCGUUCCAAUACUCGUGGAUAGACGAGAUGUUCCGCGAGAUGGCGACACUGCUGUUCUUCGUAAUGACCGGCUACAAGUUCAGGCCGGCCGCCGCCAACCCGUACUUCACGCCCAACGCGGAGGAUCCUGAGCCUGAAGUGCUAUCCGAAAUCGGUAUCCUGGAAGGUGUGACCAAGAUAUCGAACCGCGGAGAGAAAAGACGAGAGGAUAUGCAGCCACUAAUGCAGGAAACCAACUACAAUUCAGACUAGUACCAAAUAAAAUAAAGUCAUAAAAGAGUUGUCCGUGACUACUCGCAAAUGCAGUUUUCUUUAGACUUCUAUUAAAAAUAAAUUUACUUCUGAUGUGAAAAAGUAUGCCUCACUAUUUUAAAUAUUAUAAAUCCGUCUUUCCUGAUGACAAUGAAACUAUUGACGUGUAUGCAAUCGUCUCGAUCGGAAAACUGCAUUUGUAUGGAACGUCCGGAAUAUACUUAUAAUGGGACUAUGAUAAUAAGACGAGCAAUAAAAAUAUAACUGCCAACUAGGUACCUACAUACAUACCUCGAAAUUUUUUUUGUAUUCACAGAAAUCGGAAUAAUUUCUAAUGACAAAAAUGCCUUUAUUUGUAAUUAUAGGAAUCAUAGGCAUAUUGCACAGGUAUCCGCAUGCAGUUUUAUGUGCAGUUCUUGAAUUGAAUUGAAUUUUUGAAAACCUUAAUUUGCCUUAAUUUACCUCGAGAUGCCAGAGAUAUGUAUAUUAAAAUAAUCUGCGACUUAUGCUUGUGUCACAGUUAUCACUUACGACGUGAUCUUCUCUUUCCCGGAGCAGAGAUUCCAUCUUUCCACUUCUUCUUUAGUCUUAUUAUUUCGAAUUUUUGGCACUCUCGUUUAUGAGAAACAGUUCCUCUACGGAUCAUUUAUAGUAUGGAUGACACAACUUUGUCAAUCAACCAUUUAAUGAUACAACUUACAUUGUAUAUCCAAAUAGUUAGCAUUUAAUAAUCACUUUAAUAUCAAUGUUUUUAUCUCAGAUUAUUUAUUUCUAUAUUAUCUGAACGACUUUCAGGGGGGUCUAUUCACGAAUUAAUUCAAUAUUUUGGGUAACCUUCAUAAUUAGAGAAAGAUAAAGUAAGAUAUAUAAAGGCAUAAUGUCAAGGUUCGUGAGUCGUGAACCCGCAAUGGGGUAUUUUGCAUCUAUUAAAAUUGCUUAAUUAAUUCUACUUUUAUAUGGCAAAGUCCACAAAUGUGAAAGUCUAUUUAAUCUUUUUAUAUCGUUUUAAGUACUAUUUUUUUUUUUGUUUUAACGUAAUUUAAUGAAAAUAAGCGUAUUUGCGUUAGCAUGAAAUGCGGCGGAACUGCGCGGCAUUUGAAAAACAUAUCUUUGUAAAAUCUUAUAAUGUGUUGUAGAUGGGACGUCCUUUUGUGUGAUCUUAUGUGAUUUGUUAUGAGUUCGUUAUACUAGCAAAAAUUAGCCAAAUACUAAGAAGAUAUCAAUACAUUUAUGCGCCUAUGAUCAUUUUUAAGUUUGGUCGAAUAGACAGAGACUAACGAGAAGACUAAGAGAUAAAGAUAUAUGGAACAAAGUAAAUUUAAAAAAUAUGUGAAAUUUUUAGUCUGUUUCCAAAUUCGCUAAUGUUGCACGGACGGUUUUCAAAAUUCGGGCAUACAUAAAUAUUCAAGUCAAUAGUUUAUUUGAUAAAUUGCUUAAAUAACCGAACCGUAUUAUUUUUGCUACAUUAACGUUCUCAAUGUUCAGUUUUGUAAACAAUAUAAUAUAACAGAGCCAUGAAACUAACUGUUACAUUUGUCUAUACAGAUUAAAAUAAAGUAUAUAUAUAUAUAUAUAGUGAACGUGAGAUAUAUCAGCUACAAGGGGGGUAGGGUAAGGGAAAUGAUCGUAAGUAAACCUUCACAAUAUCAUCCUUCUAGCGGUAAUCCCGGUUGUGUCCUGACCUGAGCCCUGGGUGCGCAUAUGACUACAAUUCUGGAUUGGGUGCCACAAUUGGUAUUAGAUCCUCCCAACUUGGUUUGAUUGGUUUCCUCACGAUGACGUAACAUAUGAUCCAAGCUGGGUUAGGUGUUAUUGUUCACGUCAACCUUACUUUCCCCGAUACUUUUACCUAAGGAGCUCAUCUUCCAUCUCUCUCUAACAUUGAGUUAACCGGAAAAGACAAAGGGAGAAAAUAAAACAUGACUUAAUUUGGACGGUGUUAAACAAUUGGCGAUUUAUAUAUGUAUAUUGUUGAUCUGUAAAUUAUUUUAUUAGCUAAUUCAACGAUUAGUUUUAGUGGUCUGUUCCUUAUAUUGGUUAUAUAAAAAUAUCAUUCAUUAUGUUAUGGUUGGUUUUGCGAUGCUACAUACAAAUCGAAAUAAUAUUAUAACGAUUUGUAUGUAAUGGGAUAAGACAACGGAUUAAUUUUGUUAGAUAAAUAAGGAUGUAAAAUCAAUAUAGUUUAGCUGUAUUACUUCAAGGGAUGACCACUUCAAGUGAAUAAUUAAACUGUUAUCUAGCAAAAUUGUCCAUUCCCGUUUAUUUCGUUGUGUAAAUAUGUUUAAGUGAAAUUAGUUAAAAGAAAUUUUGAAUAUGUAUUACUGCAUCUUGAAAUAAGCGCCUUCACUAUAAUUUUUAUGAAUGUGGUUCAUGUGUGAUCUUUUUAAACUUAUCACUCAUCGCAAGAAAAAGAUAAUUCUUGUAGGUGAAACGAACAUAUAUAUAAACUUCAUUUACAAUAGUUAAUUAAAUGUGAGAAAAGUAAGAAAUAAAGCUAGUAAAAUAAGUAAUGUGCAUGCGAGACCGAUUGGACAUGUGCCCGUUUAAUAAAGUUUAAAUGUUUUUUUUUUGUUCUAUUCAUCGGUAGUUUUAUUUAAGAAUAAUUUGUGAAAAUUCUUCAGCAAUAAUUUUGAGAAAGAUGUUCUCCAAGUCGAUUUAAGGUUUUGAAAACUAUUGUAAAAACUGUACAAAUAAACUAUAAUUGUAAAUGA